UUUGCAGGCGCACGCUACCAUCUGAUCUCCCUCGCCCGGAUCAAAUCUCCGGAUCCCCACCCUUUUCUCGGCUCCCCUUUGGAUGAUGCCUCGAAAUUGUUACCUUUUGGCGAUGAGGGAGGGACGGGAGGCGAUGGGGUGGCCGAGCGAUGGAGGAGCGCGCUUCUAGAUCUAUUCAUCCGGCCUUGAACCGCUUCUUUUAAGCGAUCCGCUCCCCCUUUAAUCGUUCUCCUGAUAGCUUUCUUGGGGAAAUGGAGGCAUGCCGCUGUCUUGCACUUCUUUUGGCAUUAGGGUGCCUCUUCGAAGCUCUCGACGCCAGCCCCGGUGACUUCGAUCCGCUCUACAGAACUUGUGUCGAGCAAUGUGAAAAGACUGGAAUCAUUGAGGACAGCUCGAUCCAGCAUUGCCAGUUCCCAUACAAUGACAUACCUGUUGACAGUCCAUGGUAUAUGCAAGAACCACUUUACCUGCAGUGGAAACAAUUGAAUUGCGAGAGUGACUGUCAGUACAAUUGUAUGAUGCAAAGAGAGAAUGAAAGGGGAAAACUUGGUCUCAAUCCUGUCAAAUAUCAUGGGAAAUGGCCCUUCAGACGUGUCUUUGUGUUUCAGGAGCCUCUUUCUGCUGUCCUCUCUGCACUCAAUCUGUUAAUGCAUUUCACUGGCUGGCUGUCAUUUUUCCUCCUAGUAAAUUAUAAGUUGCCUCUUAGGCCUCAGAGUAAGAGGACAUACUAUGAAUAUACUGGUCUAUGGCAUAUUUAUGCAGUCCUAUCCAUGAAUACCUGGUUCUGGAGUGCUAUAUUCCACACUCGAGGUUUUGACUUGACAGAGAAGUUGGAUUAUUCAUCAGCUGUGGCUUCACUUGGUUUUUCCUUCAUUCUCUGUUUACUAAGGACCUUUAAUGUGAAGGAUGAGGCUUCCAGGGUCAUGCUUGCAGCCCCAAUUUUGGCCUUUGUGACAACACAUAUCUUGUACCUCAACUUCUAUCAACUUGAUUAUGGUUGGAACAUGAAAGUCUGUGUCACGAUGGGUGUCACUACACUUCUGGUUUGGGCGAUCUGGGCUGGUAUAACUUAUCAUCCUUCACGCAUCAAGCUGUGGGUAAAUGUAUUUGGUGUUGCUCUUGCUUUGCUUUUGGAGAUCUAUGAUUUCCCUCCUUACAUGGGAUAUGCUGAUGCCCAUGCUGUGUGGCAUGCCGCCACCAUUCCGCUCACAUAUCUCUGGUGGAGCUUUAUCAAGGAUGAUGCAGUGUUCCGGACCUCGGUUCUCAUUAAGAAGGUGAAGUAAUCAAUUGAUGGUUGGAGGUUCACCAAGGUGAUGUGGGACCUCACUUCUGAUUGACUUGGAGUAGAAGUUCCCAUGUUCCACUGUACUGAUAACAUUGUAAUAUAAAUUUUUUACUUUCCUGACUUGACCCUCACCUCUGAUGUUUAUUAACUUUCCUGUUAUUCAUUACCAGAUCUUAUGCAGGGUUUUGGUAUUCGAAACUGCCGGAUUCCAUUGUCCCCAGCAUCCGAAUUUUAUUUUUCUUGCUUGUGAAUUUUGCAUUUAUGUGUUCAAGAAACACAUUAUUGUCAUGCAAAUCAGUUGUUUUCUUGAGAUGCAAAUCAGUUAGUUGUUCACCAUC